UAACAGUGCGGUUCGUAACACAUUUUUUCUCUCUGUCGUGUUUCACUCUGUAUCAAUUUUUCUGUUAUUUAUUAUGAACUUUAUGAAUCGAUUCUGAGUGCCGUUCCUUGUAUACAGUAACUAAUUACCGCAAAUUAAUAAAAAAAUCAAUUUACUACCAACUACUCGUGUGUACUGCAUAUAUCUACAUAUAUAUCGUAUAACUGUAAUUUGUUGAUUCUCUGCUAUUCUGUCGUAUCUCCGCGCGCGCUUCUCCUCACAUCAAGAAGGACAAUUGUGUGUGCAAUUGUGCAUUGACAGAAGAAUCUCGUAUCGUUAGCUGUGCAAAGUGUUUUCCUGAGUUUCAUUGGAUUAUCCCGAUCCCGAAUCAUACACAUAAAUAUAUAAAUACACGCAAUUUACUACCAAAUCGAUCGCUCUUUAGUUGGUUCGAUGUGUAUCAACGUAAUUUCCGGUAAAACAUUUCGGCGGAUUCACUGCGGCAACUUGAAUGAUCCCAAAUUCUGCUGGUGGUCACUUUGUGGCUAGAGGUUGCCUCGAAUAAACUGUAAUCUCGUGGUCCGUGGUCCUUUCCGGUGUUCAGUUCUACGUGUGCAGUGUGAUCUAAUAAGCUUCCGUUCGUUGAUUUGCUCCUGUUUGAGACCACGAGAUGAAGAUUUUGCUGCCGUCGUCUACCGUUAAUGUGCUACUGAAACUCUUGGAUACGUAACUCUCAAAGCUACAUGCAUCACAUCAUGCAUCACCUUCGCUGAACUGUCGUCCUUCGUGAACUAUGGAGUUUUCUGUUCCGACUUUAAGUGUUGAAAGGUAACGGUGUUUAUGCGUUCGAAGUGAGCUAUCAAGUGUUACUUUUCGGUUUGAUCCUAAGAACAGAACUCGUAAAACUAUUACUACAUCUAAGUGCUUGAACUGAACUAUGUCUAUCACUUCUGCCGCUGUCCCGGCGUACAAUUUCUGUGCUAGUGCAGACCUUCGGAAUACGGGAACCUGUGGGAUCGAGGGGGAAUAGGAGCAAAGUUUUUGGUAUCUGUGUCACGUUCGGAUAUAAAAUUUAUUCUAUCUCAAGGAACGCCCCAACAGCAGCACCAGCAGCAGCACCACAGCUCUGCAGACGAAUUCCCCCUCUUGGCUCGCACGCGAAAAACCAGAAAAGUCCCAAAAGCGAGAAAACUAUCGAUUUUCCUCGGGACCGGCUCCCCGUUUCGACCGAAGAGCGUUUUAUUUCCUGCACUUUGGGUUCGGUCCUUGUGACUGUGACUUUUUCAAACAGUGGAGGAAAGUGACUUUUUUUUUCUCUUGCACGAAAUGACCUCCGGACUUUGCCCAACAAACCUCCCAGGCGAAAACAUGAAUUGACUCUUCGCGCGACCUGCUGUCUCCACACCCUCCAAAAUAUUGUGUCGUUUGUGUCGUGAACAACAAACAAACAACAAACAAGUACCUGAUUCUGCUGCUCCCUCUGCUCGAAGUCCAUCCCUCGACAACAGCAACAACCAACCAACCAAAAAAAAAAUGCCUCGCUGUUUGAUGGCGAAAAAAUGGAAGGCCUAUCCGUGGCCGGAUCGGGUUGAGGAAACAACACACAGUCCUGCUCCCCCGACGCCUUCCCCCCCGCCACCGGUCACACCGGUCGUGGUCGAAGUGCUCGAGGAGGACGAAGAAAUCGACGUGGUUGGAGACUCGCCAGCCGCCCUGGCAGCUGGUGCCACUACCAAAAUUCCGACAGCAUCCACAGGAACCGGCACAGCCACCUGUUGGGGCCCAUCGUCACCCACAGCUGGCGCUACUGCGCCCAGUCCACCACCGCACUCACCGGAAGCGGCCACCCGCGAUGUGCCCUCGACAAUUCUUUACAACGGUUACUCCCCGGACAUCUCGCACCACUUCUCCGCCUUUCUGCCGAAAUUAGAACACGACAGCGGCUACCAGCAGCAAACCACCCACUACAUCCUGCCGCCAACUCCGACCUCUCCUCCACGAUCACCCGGAGCGGAUUCGUUGCGAAGUUCACCUCUCAGCAGUAGCAGCGGCAGUCCUUCAUGCGUUAAGAAACCCCUGUUCACGAGCAGCUCCGGAACGGCACUGUCGCUUCCGCCCAAAAAGAAAGACAUCUACCGACCCUACUCGCUGGACGAUAGGCCUCGUAACUAUGAGAUUCGUAUCCCUGCCGAGGAAGACCUACACGCGGCGCACGCCAUUCUGGACCUCAGCGCAUCGACGGCAUUCCUUCCUCCACCCGCACCCCAUCAAAUCCUGCAGCACCAGCACCAGCAGCUGCUGGAAGAGGACCGAGCCCAAACGGUACCGAGUUCGCUCGGAUCACCGGAACAGAACGAGAACAAGAACAGCACAAACACUUUGGACGAAGUGCCAUCCAAGACUGUAGCGUACACGUAUGAAGCAUUUUUUGUGAGUGAUGGACGGUCCAAGAAAAAGAUCGCAGAUCCAAAAACGGUCCUAGAAUCUAAAGCCAAGUACACAUGCACGGAGUGUGGCAAACAAUACGCAACAUCCAGCAAUCUCUCGCGGCACAAACAAACGCACCGGAGUCUUGAUUCGCAGUCGGCGAAGAAGUGUAUGACCUGUGGAAAAGCCUACGUUUCUAUGCCCGCGCUGGCGAUGCAUGUCCUAACGCACAAAUUGUCGCACAGUUGUGGGGUCUGCGGUAAGCUGUUCUCCAGACCGUGGCUGCUCCAGGGUCACUUGAGAUCACACACCGGCGAAAAGCCGUACGGCUGUGCCCACUGUGGCAAAGCAUUCGCGGAUCGAUCAAAUCUAAGGGCCCACAUGCAGACCCAUUCGAUCGAUAAGAACUACCAGUGCCAACGUUGUCAUAAAACAUUCGCCCUGAAAUCAUACCUCAACAAGCACCUGGAGUCGGCCUGCUUCAAGGAAGAUUCCUGUUUAAGUCCCCAAGUGCUUGGGUCGAAUAAUAAUCUGGACACAGUCAUCGAUAACAACAAUAGCAAACUGGCACUGGAUACGUUGGGCCCAAAGUUGAUGUUGAAAAAGGAAAACACCAACGAUGAAGCAUUGAAUCAAAACUUUGCCACCCUUGCGGCGACGGCGACGGUUGGGGGGGUAGGUGGUGGUAUCACCGGUCCAAGCAACAUACUCGUGAUGAAGAAUGUCGCCGGCAGUCUGCUGAGCAGUAGCGGCUCAUCUCCUGCCACGACGGCGGCCAUUCUGAGAACGAACCCGAGCGCGGCGACGGCAGUGCUCGGAUCGGUCGUCAACGGGGCGGCUGCCAUUCUGACGACCGGCGGCACCCAUCCAACGGCGGCUGUUCACAUAAACGUCAACUUCAGCGGGUAACCGAUAGUGGACGUGGCCACUCUGGCCGCCACCAAGGCGUAUCGUAUUAUUUUAAACUGAGUUCAGUGUGAAGCUCUAUUCGCUCCCCCCUCUCACUCAAAAACUCAGCUGACAGACAGAUGCAAUUGCGCUAGAAGGUAGAAGGUUUUGAAGUUCUUUGUUUCCAAAGCUUUAGAGUGGGAGGCGCAUUUGUAAGUAGCAAUUUUACUUUUAACGAAUCUUUCAUUUCCCCGUUCCUUGACUGUUUCUUCUCUUAUCUAACAAAUUAACAAAAAAAAGGCAACCACACUUUUCGCAAAACUAUACUCAAGCCGAAAGUGUGCGCGUACGUUAUAUACAUAUAUAAAUACACAAAACACAUGAACAUGUAAACAAAAAAAAAAGAAACAAAAACAAGCAAGUAUUUACACAAACCCCAAACCCCGUAUUAUACAUUUCUAUCUCAUGUUUUGAACGAAGCAAUUUAAUUCAAUUACCCAUGAAGUACUAGAAUUCAAUUAUACGUUGACAGCGUGUGAGGUGAGGUUUUUUGACACUGCUGUCAGUCCUCUAUUUAUUAUACUAAAUGCCUAGGAUGCUACUUUUCUUAUAAUAUUUAUUAAACUAUUAUUAUCAUUAUUAUUUUUAUUAGAACAAACUGACACUCGACACAGAAACCAAAACACAGAUCAAAACAAGAGCAAAAAAAAAUUGAAAAACAAAGAGCAAGGCUACAAAAAGCUAUUAGAGAGAAAAACAUGUGUAAUAUUUAAAGCAAGUUAUGAAACCAGCGAGUUAAUUAGCUUUUCAACCCCGAGAAUCGACUUCGUUAGCUCUCCGCUCCGUCUCUCACUCACUUUCAGCGGGCAUUAAAGUCCAAAUUAUCACUUAUCGCGCGCUGUCUAACAGCAAAGAACAAAACCCGGGGUAAGCAGCAAUGGCGGACAGGGCUCAAAAGUUUGCGGUUAUCGGGAACAACGUCAACAGCGUGUCACCGCGCAUGUUGCUCUCUUUCCAUGGACUUGUGGCUAACUCCUAUCGCGUAAUAACGGAUCUGUAUUUCGAUAAAAUGUCACCCCGAUUGGGAAGCCGUCGCCGAUAACUAGGAGGGUGGACAUGUCAGGGGUCACGUCAAUCAAACCAAGGUGGGUUGUUUCUUGACCUAGGUUCUACAGCUUUCGCCACCAACUUCAAGUGGACUGUAGCGAAGCUGGCUUUUGCGGGAAGUGCAUUUUGCUCAAGCAGAAUACAAUUAACUUUGCUGGAGUACCAAUGGCGACGGGUGGACAAGGCAUUAGUGACAGAUUCGAAGCGUUUUGCAUAACUGUUUCAAUUUUCGAUACAUUAGUAAUUUUUCUAUUUCACUUAGCAGUAAAGUUAUCCAUAGAUUUUAAAAAAAAGACAGCGAAAGGCCGAAGACAUAGUAAAUGCGAUGCGAUGCGGAUUUCAAUGCGGCCAAACUGUUUGUGGAGUGUUUUGCCGCGAGUGAAGUGAUGGUUGCCAGACGAUUUUCAUAAAUAUCUUCACAAUCGAAAUUAUUGAAUGAAAAUAAAAAUUGAGUUGUUAACUUAUUAUUUUCCGGCAGUUGGUCGGAGCUUUCGCUAUUGCUCUGGAAAACAUACUUGUUGACAUGUUUUUCAGUUCUUGCUUAGCUUUAUUUAUGAGUUCUCCCAGAAAUUAUCGAUGGAACCCAGUUGGAGGACAUUCGUAGAAUUGGCGGACUUAGGAACAAUAUCUAUCUUCAAGUGGUUCAUCUCCUGCACAGCGACUCCUUCGCGUAAUGGGCGGAGACUUGAUCGGCAAAAACACUACAUCCUCGCCCGGGUGAAAUUUUUGGAAGAAGGAGGCAACUUCCGGCAAGCAGUUUGUGCUGUAAAUUUCCCCGUUCACCGCAAGUCCUGAACGGAAGAAAAGCAGCUUUGACAUUCCCUUUUCGCUGAUGGUUAGGCACCGAAACACCCUUUUUUGGGAACCCGGAUGUGGGAGAUGUACUUCACGUCGGAACUUACUCCCAUGAUGGGGGACGUAAAGAAACUGGUUCGUCUCAUCGUCCAUGACGACCGUGACGUUCCGUUGGGCCCGAAAAACUUCAUUCUCAAUUACUUGCAGUCUUUGUUUCUGAGUCACAACUUACUUACUACUUAUUCGGCACGGAAUGGAGCUCACAAACCAUGGAGCACAUUUCUUUAUUCGCCAUAACUCCCGCAGUUCAGCUGACAGCACUGUCAAAUUUUGUUAAGAAACUCAUGGGUUGCUACGAUUGACGAUGCACAAGUGGUCUCUUCGUCAGGUAUUAAGGUGAACACAUGAAAAUUAGUAAAAUUUGUUUACUUUUUAAUACAAGCGUUUUUAAAGUCUAGAUAACAUUCAGCUGGAUUAUUUUUUCUCAAAAGUAUCAAUAACAACGUGCAUUCAAUGGACAAUACUACUGAGAAACUAAUUAGUACUUUCUACUGCGCUAUAAUUUAAUAACGUUAGACUGUUUUCAUUCCCAGAAGCAAUCAAAUGCGAUAUUAUUUGCAAGCGUUCAGCACAUUUGGUAUACCCUCGGAAUUUUCCUUUGAAUUUGGUUUUCCUUCACUAUUCCAUUCUUUUGAUCUUUUCUCUUCUAUGCAAUCACAUUAAUAGCGAGGAUGACCCCAUGUUGUUGUUACCAAGAAACUGAUUCACUACUUCACUACUUAGUGAAUUAUUUAUUCAUGGCGCGCCUACUUCUAUCACUAAUGCCAUGUUUCGCCCAUUGUCAUUCUGCCGAACAUCCCUCAGUCCCAUCAUAACGGAGCAGUUGAAUGAUGAUAAGUAUUUUCUAGAGAAGUGAGAGCAAUUCGGGUUCGAGAGCAGGAAAAUCUAAAUCAUGAAAACGUCCAAGCAAUCUGUAAGUAGAGUUUAAGAGAACUAAGAAGUAUUAGUCCCCUUCCCCCCAAGAAGUUGCAAAUGUAAUUUGCAGUCCCUACUACUAGGUAUAUAGUGGAUAAAAGUUUUAAAAACAAACAGAACAUUUCUUCGGUACGAAGAAACCAUCAAAACAAAGAAAAAAAAAACAGUUACAGCCCCCGUUUUGUUUGAAAAAGAAAAACCUGUAAAAUAGUAGAAAAUAUAAGCACCCCUAGCAGUUAAGGGUUUUUUAGGGCAAUUAGUGGUUAAGAGCAAACGCGAGAAGAAAAGAUUGUUAAAAGUUAUGUGAAAAAUUGUGAGUUAGUGAAUGAGAUAAUAAUUUUAGCGAAUCUAAGAUGAAUGAUCAAAAAACAAACACGGAAAAAUCUAGUCUUCACCUAGUCUAGUGGUAAUGCUGUGUAAGGUAUGCCAGGUUUCCUUCGACGGGAAAAUGGUAUACCGAGCACACACACACGUACAGAACACCCCCUUUCAAUUUUCCUAGUCCUUAAGGUGUAAUCAAAGAAAACUUAUUUAUAGCAAGUACUAUUCUAGUCUUAUUUGGGAACAAAAAAAAUCCAGUGGACUCAGUUUUCCUUCAAACCUGAGGAGAGCCGGUUUCUUGAUCCCCGAGUGUACAUUUCUGUAGAUGCCGUUUUGCUUCAUUAGUUCGCUUUUCCACACCGGAAGUUCUACUAACAGCCUAACAAUUAAUACUGGAAAAAUUCCUUCCCAUUCUCGAAAACAAAAAACAAAAAAAUGCAAAACAGACAACGAAACAAGCAGUUUUUCGUGAGAUGAUGUGCUGAGUUUUGUUCGGUUGUGUUGGAGCGCUCCUCACACAAACACAGUCCCCAAUUUACAACUAAACUAAGAGUAAACGAAAAACUGUUCAAAUAAGCAACGAAAGUUCUGAACGAAAAGCAACGUUUCUUAGACAACGAAUUAGGGCGUAAGUGAAGUGAAUAUUUUUUUUAUCGUUCCUUCCCGGGAGGCUGAAUUUUUCUACCUUAGCUCCCGAGCUUAUGUUUUGUAAAUAGAAUACUGCUGGUUACACAAUUUUAACAACAAUUUGCAUAGUGCGAACACUACCCGUGAAGGAUAUCAGCGAAAUUAGGCUGCAAUAGAUGAUGAGUUGUGUGUUGAUAGAAAUGAUCAUCCAUAGUAAUAAGAGGUAUGUCUCCGCAUACUACAAUAUAUCAAACUAAUCGUCGCAGAUGGUACCACUCCUACAGAAGAUGUCUUCGCAUCAUUCCACCUAUUAUAGUUACUCAAAACGACUUGACAGCUGUCAACAAGGUUAAUUAAUGCUUUGAUUCAUUCUCUCCAGAUUAUCAAUACUGAAUUGAUUGCUACGCGAGAACGUUUGACGACACUUCAAAUGACACAUAUGUCAUCAAUAUACGACAACGCAUGAACAAGUAUUGCCAUCUGGCAUGAAUAAUCUGUUUUCAAUUUACAAAUUUUCAAAUUUCCAAAUUUCCGAAUUUCCAUAUUUCCAAAAAUCCAAAUUACAAUUUCUUGUCAUUUGAUACAUUGAUUCUACUCUUUCUACUAUAGAGGUUUUAAACUACAAAGUUUUUCGGUCUCUAGUCUUGAAAAAGGCCCUUGAAGCCCUGUGAUUGAACCUACGUUCGAUCGCUUGGUAAUGGGCCGCGCAGUCAUUUAGGUUACGCAAACUCCCUCCAUGUAAAAACUCAACGAUUCCAACAGCCUAAAAUUAAGGCUUAAUUGGACCUAUUGAAAAGUGUUAAAUUAUAGGAUGACUCUGAUAUAUUAGUGUUACAUUUUUUACCACUAAUAUAUUUAGACCGAUAACACAUUUAGACGGUUUGAGCCCAUCAACUCAGCAACGAUCAUGAUGAUCGAAUAAGUUUUUAUUUGACAAAUGGUAUAUGAUUACGAAUCAAUUUACAAUCGUAUAUUCCAGUUAAAAUAUACGUUUUGCACAUUUGAAAAACUAAGAUUUUACGUAUCAUUAUCGAAUUAUGUCGCAUAUCGGUAUAUACGACAUUAUAAGUAUAUCGUCUCCAAUUCGGGCUUUUUAUACGAUUUUACGCUUGCUGGAUUUAGUUGGAGUAGAAAAAAAUAUUAGAAAAUAUUUGAAACAUCAUAAACACCCAAACACAUCAAAUCAGAAUACAAUGAAUACACAGGCUAAAACGGCUAAAACGGUUACGAAAAUUUAAUAGUUUGGAAAACUGAAACAAUAAAAAUAUUCAAACACUUGAAAAAAAUCAUAAUGGAUAAAUAAUCGACCAAAUUGAAGUUGCUGGAACGUUUGAAAAGAUUCUAAAUUUGAUUUCAUUGAACUAAUUAAAUUAUUUAAAUGAAUGAAAUAAAUUAAAUGAAUUAAAUGAACUAAAUUAAUUAAACGAAUUGAAUGAAUUGAAUGAAAUGAAUGAAUCAUAUAAGGUAAAUUAUUAACAUAUUUCAAUAACCUCAAUGAAUUAAAUGAAUUAUAAAAAAACACGAAUCAAGUUAAUUGAAUGAAUGAAAUGCAUUGCUUAUUGAAACGAACCAAUGAAAAAAAUAAACGGUUCAGAAUAGUUUGAAAACUCGAAUUCAUAAGAAUCGAUCAACUCGAAAGAUCUGGAAAGAUCAAUAGCAUUUAAGAGACACCAAAGAACUCUGAAAUUAUUGGAACAACUUCCAAAUAGUUUCGAACAAAUCGAUAGGGAAAGAUAGUUGUUGGGACGUUUGAACAGAUUAAAAAAAACAAAAACAACCCGCUAAAAUAUUUAAACAGCUUGAAUGUUAUUUUUCUUAUUAAAAAAAUAUGAAUGAAUAAACAAAUCAAAUUAAACUAUUAAAUGGCUUAACGAAUCCAGAAAUGAUCGAACAAAAUUUAAAAAAAAACUUAAAGGGUUCACCAAUCGAAUAAUAAUAAAUAUCCAUAAUAAUCAAUUGUUUCGAAGAGAGUCCAAAGAGUUCUAAACUUGGAACAAUUCUCAAAUUCCAAAACAGCCCCGAGCAUAUCGGUGCAGGAUGGUCCCAAUUCCAUUUGAACAGAUUUGGAAGAAUUUAAAAACACAGAUAUGAACCGCUAGAAGAAUGUGAGUAGUUUGAAUUGUUUGUGUUAAAUAGAUAAUCAAAUAAUCCAACAAUAAAGAAUCGAAUUACUUAACGCUUCCGUUCGAAAAACACAAACAUGACCAAAAAUAAAAAUAGUUUCGAGGUUCUGAAAAACUCCAAGAAUCGAGGAAUAUAAAAGAUUUAAUACUGAUCAAUCGUUUCAAAGAGUCCUGGAAUUGUUGAAACAGUUCCAGAAUUCCCACAAAAAAAUGGCGCCAACUGAACAUCUGAAACGAUUGAAAAAAAUCAAAAGAUGAGAAAAGCAAACAUAAAAAUGAACCGCUAAAAGAAUAAACAAUAUAUAAAUAGAUAAAUAGAUGAACAAAUAAAUAUAUAAAUGAACAAAGAAACAAAUAAAUGAAUAAAUAAAAGAAAAAUAUUAAAUUGCCUAACGAUUCCCCACAAAUGGUCCCAAAACAUGAACAAAAAACUAGGGUGCGUGACCCUUUGCCAAGAAUAGAGGAAUUUAAAAAGAUGCAAAAGAAUCAAUAGUUUCGAAGAGAAUACAAAGAAUUCCAAAGAUGUUGGGUCAAUUCUAAUAGCUUAAAGAUGAAAUUAAAACUAAAACUGUUGAUUGCCUGUUUGAAGAAUUUGAUUGUUAAAUUGAUUUAACCGAUAAAAAAUUUCUUCUGAAAGUUUCGAACCUUUCACAAUAUACGAUGGCGUUCAAAUGGCUUUAAAGUCGUCAAAAAUGUUUUUUUUUCUUCAAUUGAUUCACUUUUGGGAAACAAGAAACAACUACAAGGCAACAAGAGGUAAAUAUGGCGGAUGCUUCAAGACACAGACGCGAUUUCAUACCAAAAAUUGACACACGAAAAAUGGUGACUUACUUUCUGGAUUGUUCCACCAUGUGUAACAAACUAUAUCGUUCGCACCAGAUAUAAAUAAGCCAAAAAAUAUAGAACAAAAGAAGCUGAUAUUCGAAAGAAAGGAUUGAAUUAAAAUUCAAUGGAUUUAAACGGAUAUGAUAAGUUCAAAAUAAUGAACAUUGUAACAGUUUGGUUGAUCGAUUGAAAAACGAUUGAAAAACGACCUUCAAUAGUUUCGAAGACAAUUAAAAAUAAAUCUAUAAUAAACUAUUAUAGAUUUUUAAAAUAGAAAUUUUUUUGGAACGAUUGAACAGAUUGAAAGGAUUGAAAAAUAAUAUAAAUGAACCAAUAAAUAGAUUCAAAUACUUCCAAAGAUCCAAAAAGAACCCAAGAAAAAGUUUAAAAUUUUGAAAGAAAAACGAAUCUUUUAUAGCUUUUAUAUUUGAAAGAAAGUCAACAGAUUAUAAACAUUCAAAAGCUUUUAAACAUUCGAAAUACUCCGCAAUAUAACAAAGACAAAUCUUAAUGAAAAUGAUUUGCACGGUGUUGAUGGAUUCAAAAAGUUGUCAAUAUUCGAACAAUUCAUUAGAUCAAAACAGCUUGAAAGCUGGCAAAAUCUAUAAUAUUCUAUAAAUUCGAAAGUUCAAAUAAACCCAUAGGAACAUUAAAAACAAAUGAAAAAAAAAGAUUAUUAUUUCAACGCUUGAACAGAUAAAAAGAUAAAAAAUUCAAAUGAUUUGCUAAAAAAACUAAAUACUUUCAAAAAUUCAGAAUCAGUCCAAUCAAAAUCUAAAAAAAAAGGAUAUUAGACUCAUCCCAAUUCAUCAUCCACAUGACUACAUAGACCAAACUAAACAAAAGCUUGAUUCAAACAGUUCAGAUGAUUCAAACGAUUCGACAGGUUUGGAUUAUUCCAUUGAGAUGAGAAAUUCAGAUUUGGUGUUUGUUUUCUAGUUUUGAGAUUUUGGUUACCACCUAAAAAUAAAACCGCUCAAAACUAUACCGUUCGAUAGAUUCAAAUGCUUUCAACGAUCCAAAACAAGUUAAAUCUGUUGAAAUGACUAAAACGGAUAAAAGGCUCAAACUUUGAUAAUAGCUUGGGGAAAAAGUUAUCCAUAAUUUUGGGUGAAAUUCAAAACUAUUUUCAAUAUGCUUCAGAUUGUUCGAUUUGGUUCAAAUAUGCACCGUUUUGUUGUGGAAUGUGUUGCCAUUCCAAGGGUAGCUACGUAAUGCCUCCAUCAUAGAAGUCUUGGUCUUUAUUUACGAAAAACUCCAGCAAUAGAUCUUUACAAUCUUCAAAUGAUACCAAUUUCUUAUCACUCUGGAAAUGUUGAAAUGUGAGGAAAAGGUAGUAAUCGCUUGGUGCCAAGUCCGGACUAUAUGGUGUAUGCAUUAAAACAUCCCAAUUUAGCUCUCGGAACCAUAAGCACCUUUCAUAAUUUCAGCGGCCUGGCUUGCAUUUUCGCAUUUAUAAAAGAAAAAGUGUAGAAUGUACCGAAUUUUCUCUUUGUUGACCUCCAUUUUUACCGCCCUGUGACUCACAACUGAAUGGAACAAACAAAAAACAGCUAAAGCUUUUUUUAGUGUCAAAUAUCACCUUCAUAACGAGCCUAAACUUGAAAUAGUCUGAUCGAUAUUAUGCGAGAUAUCGAACACUAAAGCCAGCUACCGAGAAAAUAAUGGAUAAAUUUUUCCCCAAACUAGUAUUAAAGAAAAAAAUGUUCAAAAGAUUCCAAAGAAGAUUAAUCUUCAAGAAACUCAGAACAUUCCAUAUACUCCAAAGAUUCUACAUAUUCAAACAAUUCAUUACUAUUUGAAUAUUACAGCGCAUUCCGAUUUAGUUAUUCUUAACAACCCAAUGAUCACAGAGGCUUUAAUAUUCCAAUGGCUGGUUCAAAUAGUUCGCACGAUGUAAACAAUUCGACAUCCAUCUAUUUUAAUGGAUCUAUGAGAUUCAGAAAUCUUGAUUUGUAUCCUGUUCUCUAGUUUGAUAUUCUGGUUGGCGAUUUUGGAUUCCGAUUCAUGAUUCGAAAUACAAAUUGAAUAAAUUCGUAUUCACUAAUCGAAACAAUAAACUUAAAUGCUUUCGAUUCGACGAAUUCAGAUAAAGCUGUUCAAACGAUUAAAACGAAUAGGAGACUUAGAUUCUGAGUUAAAAAAAGGAGAAUAAAACAUUUCGGUGUUUUCCGAAGAAAAUUAAUAUUCAAAAAGUGUAAAUAUUCAUGAGAUUUGAAAAUAUUCAAAAUGUUUCAAUGUCAAUGAUUACAGAGACUAGAAAUCUUUUCAAGUUUAAGUCUGCGGGUGGAUUGACACAGUUAAAUUUUUGAAAUAAAUUUCUGGACUCUGCCACGAUAUUAAAAUUUUAGAGGCUCUAGUUUCCGAUUCGAACGACCGAAUACAAAAUUUAUACGCAUAUUAAAUUUAUAUCGACCGAAUGGAUUCUGGACCCACAUUCUAGGUGGCAGAAAGAUUCAUCAAGCGACAGAUUCAGAUUGCUAAUUUACGCGUCAUAUCCAAAAUCCAGACACAGAUUCAUGAUAUCGGAUACGGAACCUGAUUCUAGUGACAUGACAAAUCGAGAGUUGUGUUCCAUUCACAGGUUCUAGAAUUCAGUAAACGAUUUUGGAUUCCGAUUCGUUACUUUAAAAAUACAGUUCAUUUUUUUACAGAGGAUUAUGAAAACAAUCAUAAAAAUAUUCAAGACAAAAGUGCAAGUUGACGAAGAAUUGGGACACUUUCAAAGUUUACAGUGAAACUGUUAAAACAGUGUAACGAUUAUAAAUAUUCAACAAAUUAAAAAAUAAAUUAUUUAACACACCUGAAUCCAUCAACAGAUAAAGUUUUUAUAAAUUGAACACAGAUAAAUGAUACUGAUUUCCAUGCAUUUUACCUUUUUCGGAAAAUAAUUCUUUGCUAUUUCUAUUUCCCCCGCUGACUCGGAGAAAAUCCAACUGAGAAGUUAAAUUCAUUUUUUUCCGUGGUUUUCAUAGAAUCAAUUCUGGACCUCUGGAAAAUUCAGGAAGUCCAAAGUUCAGGAUAACGAUCGAAAUUGAAACAUAUUCCGUGUGUCAUUUGUGUUAACCGCAGGUGGAUUUUCAGGAGAAAUAAGUACAUUUUUAAAAAUAAAUUAUAAAUGAAAACACAUUUUCGGCAAGUAGAGGAAAAAUCUCGAAUGAAAAUUGUCACUGAUUUUGAUUUUGUAACGUGGAUUUUCAGCGGAAAAUAAGAAAAUUCAUUCAUGUGGUAUUCAAAUAAAAUCAAGUACCUACUUAAUAGUUUUCAUUCAAGUUUAACCCGCUAAAACCGCGUUCGGUCUUGCUGUUCUGAUAGAGUAUGUGAAUUGUUUCACAAACACGGAUGAAUUAUUUCGACACGUGCUCUGCAUCAUGGCAAGGUUGCCACAUUUGUGUUGCCCGAUCAAAAUAGAGUCGAGCGGUCUCCAGUGCAACCGGAUUCCAGAAUAAAAAUAUCUCAGGAAAAAAAAUUCUGAAACUUAUAAAUAUUCUCCAAAAUACCGAUCACGAACAAAUGGAUGUAUCAUUUCUCGCAAUACGCAACGCAAGUCGAUAGGAAAAACGGGAGACACACAAUGCAAAAAAAAAACUAAACAAACUAGCAAAAAAGGUGAUGCAAAUAUAUAAGACACCGAGCUGCAAAUAUGUAGAUACGUAGAUACGGAUGCUAGAUUUGGUAGCCUUAGAUUUUAUAUGUGAAGCUUUCAACCAGAGUUGACAGGACACUGUAAAUAGAUGACAUUCAUUAUCCUUCCAACACAAAAAAAAACUGUUUUUGUCGAAUCAAUCAUCUUCGUUUGCGUUCCCGUUGAAUUUUCUAUCGUGAUGUUUUUUUUUCAAGUAUUUCGGUUGUAAAUUUUGGGGUCGCCAUUUCUCCCUAGAAAAAAGAAGUAGAAACCGAUAAUGAAUUAUCUUUCGGCUGGCUUGGGUUGACAGGUGUCAAAUGGGCGACAUCCAAAAGGCGAUCCCUUUUUAUCUGAUUUAAUUUGUGAGGAAAGUAUGAUAAGCAGACACUUGUGAAAAGACUUGUAAAGGAUAGCUUUUUUCCCCUCCACUGUUUUUUGAUUUCAUUUUUAUUCCAAUCCCCAAGAAGCAUUCAAACUGGAUGGAACGGGCUUAUGUGGACGGAUGUGGGUAACACGUGCAAUAGUAUUUGGCAGGGUUGGAGCUGGGUGCGACCCCGAAGGGGUCCCUCAACCCAACACCUUGGAGUGGUGAAUGUGAAAUUGUGUGCAUUUCAAGAGAAACUAGUAUAAGUCGAGGACAGCCUUUUGUGCAUUGUAUAGUCAAUUUGAAUUUCGUUUCUUCGGAUACGGGAGAUCCCUACCGCUGGUCUCGCCUGGUUCGCGAGGGAGGACAGCGAUUGUCAAUUCUAAUUUGUACUCUCAUAUGACAUACACAAUUAGUUAUCCAUCCAAACGGGAAAACAAGAGCUUUAGGUCCAUAAUAAUCGAGCAAUUAGUAUCUUAUCCUAGAUAACUUUUACUCAACCAUCAUAUAUACUCAACACUAAAUUUCGGUAAAAAACCCCUUGUAAUCAUUACCCCCGUUCUCAGCAGUAGAGUUAACUAUAAAACCUCCCGCGCCGCUGGAUCUCCGCAAAAGUCCCGGGAUCCAACGCGGGAGUACCUCCCCCAAAACUACGCAAUUGGUAAGCAAUUCGCAAGCGAUUGUAAGAGGAGUGUGUUCUAGUCAAAAUUAAAAAAAAAAGACACGCGCUAGGCUUUUUAAUGAUCUCAUUACGUUUUAAGGAAAUCCCCUCUCUCAGGAUCGUUAGGGUUCAAAAUGACGCAAACGCGUCUUGGAAACUGUAUAUAUAAUAAAACCGAGGGAAGGUCCCAUACAGUAGAAUGAAAACCAAAAAAUAGUCCAACUAAGAAUAACGCGAGGAAAACAAGCAGAGUUACAAUAACGUAAACAAAGUGACAUUUACUCUAGCAUAGUUGAUAGUUGAUAUUCUUUUGUACUCCCGGAUGAGUCACAUAAUGUAGUCCACGCCCAUUGAGACGUUAAAACAUAAUAAAAGCUAAACGGCAAAACCAAACAAACAAACAAACAUAGGAAGUAAGUUUUGCAGAAACUCUCUUUCAGCUCUAUUUAAGUAGAUUCGUUUCCCUACCGUUCUAUAAUUUAUCUAACUUAUCCAGCAGAUUUUAACUAAGUAAAACAAAUUUCUCAAAACCAGUACUCAAGCAUAUACUCGAUCGAUUCUUGAUUUUUAAUUGAGAAUGAAAACAAGACUAGCAAUUAGAAGCGCAAAAGAAGCAAUUGUAUAUAAGCAAUAUAUAGAAGGACAUAAGUUUUAAAACAGAGCGAAGCGCGGCGAUGAUUAAUGUUUAAAUCAAUCAACACACACCCAACAAAAAACACACAGCAGAACAAACAGUCAAAAAAAAACAGUAGUAGUGAACAAUAUAUUUAAAUGAAACAUUGAACAGAAUAAAACAUCGCAUACAAAAGAAAAAAAAAGUGGAAACAAAAGUAUUUUUAUAGCAAACAAAAAGAACCUAGUAACGAACAACGGAAACAUAGUUGUUUGGACGUUUGAAAUGUUUCAACACACACACACAAAGUUUGGCACACGGUUUAAGGAAUAUUUCCCGACAAACAAACGAAUAACAAAAAAAAACAAGAGCGCUUCGAGAGAAAAAAAGUAACGAAAGUAAUGAAAAGUGCUAGCAAAACAAGGAAAAACGCAUACAGUACUUAUUGAUUAAAUUAUUGAUAUUAUACAAUAACAGAAAAAAAACUAUUGUUUAAGAUAGAAAACCUAAACUGGAAGUGAAACAUUCAAAGAAAAAAAACUCUAUUAUUAUAUUAUUAUUGAUUGAGAUGAGAAAAACAGAAAAAUCGAAUGAAAUAUAGAAAACAUAAAAAAAACAUUUGAAAGUUUAUAAAG